AUGAAGAUUACGUUGACUAAGGAGCAAGAACGAGAAAUCUACAUUGCCUACAAGAAAAUCCUCCAUGGCCAGGACGCCCUCUUGCGACGGGAGAAGCCCAUCGAACAACGCAUCAUCAAAACAAAAGAUCAUUCUAGCGUCCGGGACGUACUCCAGAAGUACGACCGAUACAUGCUUGUACAGAUUCUUCGCGAGUUGUUGUCUGCCAAGGUCUUUGAGUCUGAGGAAAGGGCAAACAUAUAUUUCUCUUCAGUACCGCCUACACCUCCUACAGCCGCAGUGAAGCAAACAGCAGCGCCAGUGGCUUCGGAAAUGGAAACGAAGGGGGUGGCCUUUACCAACUUAGAUCAGCUCCUGGGGAUAUCCUCGUCUACUCCAGAGCUGGGCAAGGACGAAACGAUGGGAGACGGCACCAACUCUCCACCUACUUCCGAGUCUUCUGGUGCCGAAGAAGGGGGAGACAAGAAAGUUUGUCCAAGUUUCACCUGCAGCACUAACAUGUUUCCUGUCUCUAUUCGCAAGUCUCCGGUCAGCUGGGCUGAGUUCUUGACACUCUAUACUCGAACAAACGAUCGAAAUCCUCGGACACCCCCUACUUCAUCCUAUAUUUCAUCUGACAUCUCAUCCGACCUUUCAUCCGAUACUUUCUCGUCCGCUACUUCCCAAUCUUCGGAUACCCCUCAGAGCUAUGAAUACACAAUUGUGCCCCAGGAGAUUGAUCCUCCCCAUCGCACACAGAUUCUCAUCCUCAGCCGCAUGCAGCGGAUCCUGGAGGCAGCUUGUUUCGAGUAUGCUGAAGACAUGAUGCCGAACGUCCUCAAAGAAAUGGGGUGGACUUGUCCUGAAGCUGGCGAAUUGAACAUCUGGGCAUGUCAUCUUAGGAAGAGGACCGCAAUACUGGAACAUCGCGCUGCCGCAUACGGUAUUAAGAUCCAUAUCUCAACAAUUCUCAGCUCAUGCGUCAACAUUCGUCACUUUGCAGUUCAUCGCAAGGAGCUUCACGCAGCCCAACUCGUACAAUUGACGGAACACGCUGUUACGCUGUGCACUAUACUGGGAACCCCAGAGCACGAGUACGUAUACACGCUUCAGAGAAUUCGAGACGCUAUCAAGGACCAGCUGUCUUCACUCGCGAUGUUGAAACGCCAAUUUGCUACGGGACUCGUUUUGGGCCGGAUAACCGAGUGCAGAAAGGAGCUGCUUGCUAUGGAACAGGAAGUCUUGAAUUGGGCAGCCAAACGUAGGACGGAACUGGAUGUCAUGGAACAAGAGAGCAUCCGAAGCUCGCGCGUUGGCUUCGAUCAGCAGAAGGCUAUGUCUUGGGACAGUGUAGAGGCUCUUCUUUCCAAGAAUGAAACGCCUCUUCCCGUAGAAACACAGGCUAUUGAGACCCAAGCAUCCGGUGCGAGUGAUGCUGACUCACACAUCCGUCCUGACAUUCUUCAGGGCGGCCGAGACGAACUAUUUGAAGGCACAGUUUCUUGCUUUCCGUUAUUUCCAACUCUUGAAGCUUGCCAAAUUGUCGGCCAGAUCUUGCGUUGGGUUGUCACCAAAGCGUGGUCCGUCACGCUUAUUACCGCCGAGUCCCUCAGUCAGAACACAUGGAUUUCUGUGUUCUGGAUGGCUGUUUUCUUUAUGGUACUGCUUGGGCUGUACUGCAUGGGACUUGUUUACAUAGUCCGGAUGGCACACAUCUAG